UCAAGCGAAUGAAUCUUUUGAUUUUGAGACAAUCUGCCGAAUUUGUUUAAAAAUUAAAGAAGAUUUCAUUUCAAUAUUUCAAAAAAGUCCAAUGGAAAAAUUAAAAACAUACAGUGAAAUGUUAGAAGAGUGUGCCUCUGUACAUAUAUCAACAGAUGAUUCUUUACCAAAAAAGUUAUGCUCACAAUGCUCUGAAAAUUUAGAACAAAGUUAUAAAUUUAAAAUUCAAUGUUUAUGGUCUGAAAAAUUACUCCAACAAAUAAAUAAAACGAAAAUUUCAAAUUCUUUUGAAAAUUCUGACGAUUCAAAAGAGAAUUCUUUAACAAAUACAACACUUAAAACCGAAUGUGAUGUUUUCAUUAAAGAAGAAGAAGAAUUAUUUGAUGAUUUUAAUGAUCCCGGUGGAUCAAAAACCGAUGAUGAUCAUGAAGAAGAAGAAGAAGAGGAAAUCAAUAAAUACGAAUGUUCUGAAUGUUCAAUAGAAUUUCAAACAAUAUUCGAAUAUGCGGAUCAUAAUAAAUUGACACAUUUGAAAAAUGUUUUUAUGUGUCAAUUUUGCAAUAAUGUAUAUAGUACAAGUUUUGGAUUGAAGAGACAUUGCCGUACGAAAAUCUGUCAGAUAUGUAAUAAAGAUUGUGGCUGUGGGAAAAAAUUACGUCAACAUCGAAGUGAACAUAAAAAUACAAUUAUUCGAAAGUGUGAUGUUUGUGAUAAAACUUUUACGGAUGGAAGACGGUUUAGUCAACAUAAGCAGGUUCAUAAAAACAAAUCGUAUUUAUGUACAUUUUGUGGGAAAGUAUUUAGUGAUGGAGCAAAUUUAAAUGUUCAUAUACGAAUUCAUACGGGCGAAAAGCGAUAUGAGUGUAAAAUAUGUGCGGCCAAAUUUAAAGAUAGUGGAAGUUUACAAAGUCAUUUAACAUCACAUAGUGCCGAGAAAAAAUAUCAAUGUGGUAUUUGUAAAAAUAUGUUUAAAUGGCGAUCACAAUUAUAUCAGCAUAAAUUAACGCACACCACGGAGCUUAAUUUUAGCUGCGAGAUUUGCGAGAAACGUUUUAAAACUAAACAUAAUUUACGUGAUCAUAAACGUAUACAUACAGGCGAACGAAAGCAUAUUUGCUCGUAUUGUAGUAAAGCAUUUUAUAAAGUAAAUCAUCUUACAACGCAUUUACGAACUCAUACUGGUGAAAAACCAUUUCCUUGUACGAAAUGUGGCCGAGAAUUUUCUGCAAAACAUGUGUUGGUUAGUCAUAUGAAAAUCCACACGGAGCAAAGUGCAUAAAUUAUAUACAUAUUAAAAUAAUUGAUUCACGAUUUUACACUACAAUCAGAAUUCAAGA